UCACACAGGAGGAAGCACAAAACAAGAUAGCGUCUGGCGGGAGAAUACGUUGUUUUGGUUAUUAUGGUUUCUAGGUCUUAAUUACAACGUACAUGUGCACAUGUGUGUCGUUUAACGCAGUAAACGUCGUUAUUAAUUGUUAUUGUAUGCGGAUACAUUAGUCUGAGUGCACUUUGACGUGCUAGCCUAGCCUGCUGGUUAGCUUAGCUUGUUAGCUGCUAACAAAGAGAGGCGGAAGUGAUCGACACAUCAAAGCAGAGAUCCAAUGUCGGGUCGCGGGGCCAGCAGCCUAAGUAGGGAAGCCCAGCCUUUCCUUUCUCCAGCCACUUCAUACAGCUCUUUCUAGGGGAUCCCGAGGCGUUCCAAGGCCAGCCAGUUUCUAACAUAAUAGUGAGAGUCCAGUCCAUAGUGGGGCCAGACAGAGACCAUCCCGAGCGCAGACAGACGUCUGUGAAGAACAUCUUCACCCUCAGCAACAGAAGUGGAGCUUCAGGAUGCAGACGGAGGAGCCACAGCCCUCCCACAUUAAGAAGGAAGAGGAAUACCUUCAGAUCUCCCAUUUUAAAAAGGAAGAGGAAAACCCACUAAUCCCCCAGUUUAAAGAGGAAGCGGUGGAUCCACAGAGCCCACACAUUAAGGAGGAAGAGGAGGACCCACUGACCCCUCACAAUAAAGAGGAAGAGGAAGAACACAGCAUCAAUCAGCAGGGAGAGCAUCUUGAAGGACUGGAGGAGGUUGAUGUCACCAAGAUGCCAGUGACUGGUGUCCCUGUGAAGAGUGAAGAUGAUGAGGUGAAAGGUGAAAGUGAGGAGAGGGGAGGGGGGGAGCCUCCAAGCAGCAGCUCAACACAACACAUGACAACAGAAGCUGAUGGAGACCACUGUGGAGGAUCACAAGCAGACAAGCUCUUAGCUCCACUAUCAGAUAGUGAGGACACAACGUCACACUCUCCUGACACUGAUGAUGAAGACUCUAAAGAUGAUAAGACAUGUCACACUGACAACACUCACUUCACAUCUUCUCUCUCUCACAAAACUUUUAAAUACCAUUGUAGUCUGAAAAGACACAUGAGAACACACACUGGAGAAAAACCUUUUUCUUGCUCAGUAUGUGGUGAAGGUUUUGUUCGAAGUGAACAUUUGAAAGUACACAAGAGAACACACACUGGUGAAAAACCUUUUGUCUGUUCAAUAUGUGGUAAAGGUUUUGCACACAGUAACAAUUUAAAAAGACAUAUGAGAACAGACACAGGUGAAAAACCUUUUUCCUGUUCAACCUGUGGUAAAGGUUUUACACAAAGUCAGGAUUUGAAAAAACACAUGAGAACACACACUGGUGAAAAACCUUUUUGUUGUGUAACCUGUGGUAAAGGUUUUACAGAAAGUCAGAAUUUGAAAAGACACAUGAGAACACACACUGGUGAAAAACUUUUUUCCUGUUCAAUCUGUGGUAAAGGUUUUACAAGAAGUACAAAUGUGAAAAGACACAUGAGAACACACACUUCUGAAAAAUCACAUUCCUGUUCAAUCUGCAACAUAAGCUUUUGUGAGCGAUCAACCCUUGUAAGACACAUGAGAAGACACCCAGGUGAGAAAGUGUUGAGUUGCAGUGUGUGUGGUGAAAGAUUGUCUUCUAAGUAGCAGUGUAAGAAACACAAGUGUGCUGGUGAGAACAGCAGCAGCAAAUGAAACUGCAGGAUUUGAAAUAAACUGUCCAGACUUUCAUUUUGACUUUCUAACAACAUCAGCACAUAUAACAUGUGUGACAUUGUUGUUUGUCUAACAAUCUUUUUAAUAUGCUUCUACAUUUAUAGAUUAGAUAUUUUGUAUUAAUGCUUUUUUUCAGUCAAGUACAUGCAUUAAUAUGCAACAUUGUGUACUUUUAUUAAAAAAUGGACGGAACAAUUUGAGUAAAAAGGUGAGAGUAAACAGUAAAAGACAUAUUUUACAUGCAAUAAACAUGUUGUGUGUAUGUAUACACACAGAC